AUGCCGACUACCGCCCAGAGCCCUGAGUUUUGUACAGAUGAAGUUGUUUCCUGGGUGGAACUUGCCCUUACCCCACCAGAUGAAUUCUGCCAGUCAGCGGGGUGGCUGUCCACAAUGGAGCCAUGCGACUACUGUGACAGUAUCAUGGCUGAAUCGCUAAGUGAAGUCUCUAGCAGUCUGGAAAUUCUGGAGACCAGUGAUGAGGGAAAGAAGAAAUCCAAAUUUAAAAGUUUAAAGAGCUUUUUUGGCAAGAAGAAGAAAAGGGAGACUGAAGAUUCUGAAGUAGAGAGAAUGUUGAAGCCAAGUCUUUCCAGUAGUACCAUUGACACCUCUUCUCUGGAACCAGUUCCAGAAGAUCAGCAAACUGAGUCCAGACCCAAGAGCAGCAUGGGUAACAAAGCUCUAUCCCAUGACAGCAUCUUCAUGUUGGACUCUGACUCUGACAGAUCAACAAGUACAGUGAAUCCCUCUACAGAGCCACCCAGAGGCAGACCUCUGCAGAGAUCUCAUGCUUCCAGAACCCUACCUAGAACUGGGAUUAUUACUGUACGUACAGCUGCAUCUGAGGCCAUGUUUGUGGGUGCACACCAACGUGUGCCAAGAAGUGAAACCCGGACUGAGGAUUCCAAGAUCACUGAGAACAUCUCUAAACCAUCACCUGGACCUGAUCAGUCCCAGUCCCAGUCCUUGACUGCAUUUGGCACCGUUGCACCCAUCAGCACCCAGCCCGUCACUGGUUUCAGCUCCCCAGCCAGUGCCCAGGGCUGUUUGGAUUCUUCAGCUGCUCGACACAAGAUAGCUUUAAAUCCUCGGAAGCAAAAGAAGAAAAGGAACCCUCACACGACUGUGAAACCAAAGCAGGAAGAGCUAACCUGUCCAUUGGCUUCUGAAGAAAAGAUUACAGUCAAACCAAAAGAAGGUGACCAAAAGGAGAUGAAAAAAGACGGCGCAGGUCCCGUUAGCCAAGAACAGAACAAAAAACCUGAGAUUUCUGAUAAGACAAUAGAGCAGGCUGCAAAAACAGACGUUGCUGGAAAUCUGGGCCGUCGAACGUCAGGACAUGGAAGAAGACGGAGAAGAAGAGGAUUAAAUGCUUCAGGAAAGAGUGAAGGUGGACCCAAAGGAAGAAACCUUAAACAAUCCAGUCAAGAGUACAGCCAGGGCGGUAAAGCUGGGUCCUCACCUACCAGUAAGACCGCCAGAAAUUUCUGGCACCAGUCCACAGAGAAGCAAGUCAAGGAGAAGCUUACAACUCCACAAGCAGAAACCACUACUCCUCAGGAGUUGCUUCCGGAGAAAGAUGAUAGGAGGAAGAGAAAUGCUGGCAUAGAUUUAGAAGCCAAAAGAUCAUUAACACAGCCACCCAUACUUGAACAAGUGGAAGAACACAUGAUUGGUGAUCCACAGGUAUAUCAUGAAGAUGAGGCUUCAGGAGCCAUGAAGACAAAAGCCAGAGCUGCUCUUUUUCCAGGGGCGAAAAGCCUUUCUGUAGCCCCCAAAGAGGCCAGUCACUCAGUUGCAGCAGAGGCUAAGGUGUCAGGAGAGAAAGAAGCUUUCAGAAUUGAGCCACAAAAUGCCCGAUCCAAAAUGGAGGCAGCCCAGUAUGCCCCAACUAUCCACAAACAAAAGCUUCCUAGAAAUGUUCAGGCUUUUGCAGCCAGCUCUUUGGAUAUGACAAAUACUCCUGUCGAGGGAGGCAUUUCUGCCAAGAGGCUACCUCCUAAAAGGCUUUCCAAACCCUUGAGGAAGGCUAAAGCUGAAGAAGUCCCCUCAGAUUCAGAGAGUGUUUCAGAGGAGGAGAGCAGUUGUGAGGAGCUGACUCACAGUAACUCUACCCAGUCCUCAGGAAACUUUGAAGAUGAACGAAACAUCUCAGAAUCAAAAAGUGUGGAUUUUAGCAGCUCUGAGGAGAAGCUGGUCCCCAGAUGCUCUUCCAAGUCUUUAGAGGACGAAGAAGAAGUAGAAGUCUCCACAGAAUCAAAUGGUUACGUCGAAAAGUACGACAGUACUGAGGAUUGGAGUAGCUCAGAGGAAGACCUGCCUCAUGGAAACCCUAUCCAGGUCUUGAGGAAGCCCAAACCCCAACAAGAAGUCUUUUCAGUUGCAACAGACAAUCCUACAGAGGGGAGUGCUUCUGUGCAGCAAUGGUCUCCUAGACGCUCUUCUCAGCCCAUUGCGAGGAAUCCUGUUAAGCAACAAGUCCCCACCAGCUCAGUAAGCACUUCUACAGAAAGGGGCAGGUCUGUGGUGCCUAAGCCCCCCAGGCACCCUUUCCACUCACGGGGGAACCCUAAAGGGGAGAGAAAAGUUUCCUCAUUUCCGGAGAGCACAGCUGCUGAGAUAAGCGUUUCUCUGAAGCCCGUGCCUCCGAAACACUCCCAGCCCACGAUGAGCCCUAAAGUUCAACAACACGUGUUCUUGGGUACCGAAAGUGUUGCUGAGAGAGUCAUUUCCCUGGAGGCUCUGCUCCCCACAUAUUCUCCCCAGUCCGUGAUGAAUCCUCACGUCCAGAAAGUCUUCUCAGAAAGCAGUGCUGUUAAGGAAGGCGCUUCUGUGGAGCCACGGCCACCUGGAUGCCCUUCCCAGCCUGUGGGGCGGCCUAAAUUCCAGCCACAGAUGACUACCCUAAACACUUCUGCGGAAUGGGGCACCAAUCCUGUGGAGCCAACACCUCCCAGACACGUUUUCGCACCUUGGGUGAACCCUAAAUUCAAGCAACACAUCUCUCCAAGUCCAGAAAGCACUAGUGUUGCCAUCUCUACAGAGGAAGACUUCUCUACAGAGCUUCCCAGGCACUUUUCCCAGUCCACUGUGAAACAGAAAGUCCAGCAAAUGUCUGCAAGUUUUGACAGUGCUAUUGAGGUGGUCACUUCCGGGAUGCCCUCGCAUCCUGAACAUCCUCCCCAGUUCUUAUUGAAGUCCAGAGUUCAAGAAAUGUCCUCACGUCUAGAAAACACUGCUGUUGAAGAAGGCACUUCUAAGAAAUCACAGAGUCCCAGACGUACUUCCCAGUCAUUCGUGAAGUUUAUGGCACAGCAAAUCUUUUCAGAGGGCCCUGCUGCUGAGGGAGGCAUUCACGUAGAUCCUGUGCCUCACAACCGUCCCUCUAAACCUAAAGUUGAGAGUCAAGUUUUCCCAGACGUGGCGACUUCUGACCCUGGAGGAGGCAUUUCUAUGAAAAUGCAGCCUGUGAAGCACCCUUUACAGUCCUUGGGGAGGCCUGAAGACCAGAAAGAAGUUUCCCCAUUUUCUGAGAGUGCUCCUGUGAAGAGCAGUGCUUCUAAAAAGCAGCCGAAACAGCUUUCCCAGGACUCCUGGAAGCUUGAGUACCAGCAAGAAGUUGCCUCAGUUUUUGACACCUCUUCUGAAGAGAGGAAGAAAUAUGAAGAGCAGCUGCCUUCCAAAUCCACUUCCCAAGCCUUGGAUGGGUCCAAAUUACAGCCACAGAUUUUCUCAGGGGGCUCAGUGAAUGUGCCUGUACAGAGGAGCAGUCCUGCGGAGCGCUCGCCUCCCACUCACCCUUACCAGGGUUAUGGAGACCCUGAAUACCAGCAACAGGCUUAUUCAAUUUCUGCAGUUGCUUCUGCUAAAGUAACCAUUUCUGAGGGCCAUUCUGGCAGCUGGUCCCCACCAAGAGUCUGGUCUUCUCCAAGCAAAACCAAGAAACAGAGCCAAAGUUCUGAAGACCUCUUUGUGACCAUUGUAAACCCUGCUACCAAACCUGGCAAGUCGACCACUGAUCCCGCCCAGCAAACAUCUGCUUCUGGGGGCACUUACUCCAAGGAAGAAGUUCUUGAGAGUGAUGAUAGAGAUAAGGACGAAGAGUCAAGUUCACCCAGUAAAGCUGAUGUUAAAAAUCUUUUCGGAGUUCAGCUGAGAAGAACCACUUCCUCACAGAAGUUUAAGAAUGAGAAACAAGAUAAUGUUACCCAGCAUGUUCCAUUCGCCUUGGGCACAAAACCACCCACUACAGGUAGGGAAUUUCGACUGAGACGGAGCACUUCCCAGGGGGUCCUGGACACUGCAGGAGACUUCGACAUGCUAUUCGAAUAUGAAGAGAAGAAACCGAGCAGGCCCAAAUCUGAAAGCAUGGCCACGAUGAAAUCUGCUUAUAAGUCCUCAGCAAAGCCUCCUGAUCCAUGGUCAGAUGACACCAUCUCAGAGAUAACUUGGUUGACCAUGACAAAGCAGAAGCCGAAGAGUUUGCAGGUCUAUGUUCCUAUAAAACAGCUAAAAGCCAAGAUCAGAGCUGGAAUGAAGGUUGAGGCUAAAUGUGGGGAAACUGGCCCUGCACAUGAAAACCCACCAAAACUGAAAGGAAUUUCUGAUGUCCCUAGACAGGGGAAGCCAGCACAGAUGAAGCCACCCAAGGUUAUCAAAUCAGUUGCAUUUGAAGAUAUGAAGAUACCACAGGCACCCACCAUGGAAAAAGAAGUCAAACAAUCUCCAAUUCUCCCAGCUGAGUUGCCACAGCCGCCGGCUAAGCCAGAUAAGUCUGCCGAGUCAGCUGAACCUGUUUGGUUCUCCAUGGCCAAGAAGAAAGCCAAAGCAUGGAGCCACAUAUCCGAUAUCAUGCAUUAA